AUGUUUGUGUUUCGGGUACUGAACACAGUACCCUACACGAACAGGACCGGCGCUAGAGAUAUCAUCGCCGGCCUUCAUUCCUUUGUCACGUCGAAUUUGCUCAUCGGUCUUGCCGUUUUGGUGUCCUACAAACAGUUUGGCGGGAAGCCGAUCGAAUGCAUGGUUCCUAUGGAUUUCACAAGUGCCUGGGCGCAGGUUUUUCGAUCAUUUCGAGAAGAAAGUCCUAAAAAGCCGAUUACAGUACGCAGAAAACUACUGUUGGUCCCAGCAAACCUACUAUAUUCCCUUCGAUAGUCCAAUCGUCGAGGUUGUGACUCAAAGUGAAGAUUACAUUGACGCGAUUUCGCUUCAUGCACAUGACGGGACCACUGGAGCCCCGAAAGUCGUGAAAAAAGGCGGGCAGAAGGUUUCGCUCAAAAAAGGAAAACGUUGGAAAAUAAUUCCAUGUUAAGGUGUCAUAUUAUCAAUGGAUGCCGUUUUUUCUGCUUUUUGAGGCCGCUUGUUUCCGGUUUCCUUGCCUCAUUUGGAAGUAUUUCGCCAGUCAGAGUGGUUGGUUAUAAUCUUGUCAGUGGAAUUUUAGGCGUUCUUUUUUGGACUUUUAAAACGGGAUGGCUUGUGAGAAAACAUAUUUUCUAUUUCAAAGCAUUUCAGAAGCUGUAAUGAGUGAACUAUACACUCAGUUUUUCGAAAAAUAAUUUUUUUUAAAUUCAAGGCGCAGGAUAGCUUUGAUCGUAAAUAACUUUGGAAACAGCUCUUCGCCUCGAAACCUUCAAAAUUUGCCACUUAAAAUCUGCUAGAAAACUGGUAAGAACUGACAUAUCCCAGGAAUGCAAGUGGGCGAGAUCCUGAGAAUGGCCUCGGAUCAAGACAACGCCGUCCCCGAAGCCAAAAGGGCCAAUGUCCAUGCCCUGAGCGUCCAUUUACAAGGCGUUUUACGGUUUCAGAAACGACUCAAAUUUGUAAAUCCCUCUCGAAAUCCGAUUCAUCAAGAAGAUGAUUCAGAAAAACAUUGUUCCUCACCGAUUUUUACGAUUCCUCAACUUGAAAUACUCGAUUUACUACGUCACUUUCAUAUAUUUCCUGGCCAAAAUCGCAUUUCUGCUGAAUGUUGGCCUGCAGGCGAACUUGCUCAACAGGUUGGUUUGAAAAAAAAUCAGGGGAUGAUUGAAAAGAAAAAAAUGGGAAGAUAGUUAAUAUUCUAGUUUUUCUGCUGAAAAAUUCAACGAAAAGCUUUCAGAAUGGAGGAACUUUUUGGAAACUUUUAAUUUUUGACUUUUCUCCUGGAAAUUUUCUGAUUCUUCAAAGUUUCCCAUUUGAUUGUAAAAGAGAACUAUUGAAAUCAUUUUAAAAAGGUUCAGAAAAAAAGGUUUUUUUGAAUUUUCUUAGUUGGAAAUGUCUAUUAAAGAGAUAUGAUCAUGAAAAAUUUGGAAUUUUUUUGGUUCUUUCGUGACUUUUUUUAUUUUUUUCAACUGUUGUAAUUGAAAAGAAAGUUAAAAAAACUAAAAAAAUUCAUUUUAAGGAAAUAGUCAAAUUUUAGUUUAAAUCGUCAAAAAAAAAGUUUUGAACAUUUAUUCGCGGUUUCCAAUUGACAAUAUACUCUCGAAAUUUCGCUCUAGAACUCAAUCAGUAGCUUUUUUUAACUGACGUUUAUUCCAACAAAAAUGCUUAUUUGAGAGCUCAUUUUGAUCUAUAGUCAAUGUUUCCCGACUUGAAAGGCGAGGGAGGCGGGGCAAGGGGCGGGGCGCGUAGCGUGCGCGUACGCGGUUCUUGGCGCCAGUUCAAUUCAAUCGCCGCCGACUAUUUAAAAAGCUCGGCCACCGCUCUUUUUCUGUAUUUUCUUCUAUUUUUUGAUGCACACAUGAACAUAAUCAAUAAAUAAUUAAAAAAACAAGUGAAAAAGAGCAAUAAAUAAAGCUCUCUGAAUGCUCGCUAGCGGUUGAAUUGAACACGUGCCAAGAACCGCGUACGCACACGCUACGCGUCCCGCCCCUUGCCACGCCUCCCUCGCCUUUCAAGUCGGGAAACAUUGACUAUAAUAACGAUUAUUUUCGAACUUUUUACCAUGUGAGAACCUCUUUCAGGGAUAAAAGUUGUCUGGAAUCUUCCAGGGCUUAUAAAUCCGUAGAAAAAUCGAUAAAUAAAUUGGUAGUUAUCCUUAAUAGCUUAUUUCGAUUGAAAUAUCGAGAAAAACUUUCUAUUUCCCAAUUUACCAGAUAUCUGCUCCCACAAGAGUACCGAAAACAUUUUGGUUUCGACCUCUGGAAGAGUCUGUUGACCCCGGAUCACAAUAACACCUGGGAACAAACCGGCGUCUUCCCGCGGGUCACUUUGUGUGAUUUCGAGGUUUUUCGUUGGAAAAUCUAAUGAAAAAUUGGGAAUUCAGGUCCGAGAGAUGGGAAAUUUGCAAAGUUACACGGUCCAAUGUGUUUUGCUGCUGAAUUUGAUGACCGAGAAGAUUUUCUUGAUCCUUUGGGCUUGGUUCGUUUUGAGUAAAAUAAUCGUGGGGGAAUAAAAACUUGAUUAUUUGACUAUUAUUUAGUAUGGGUACCUAAGAAUACGCUCAAAUAAAAAUGUUUUUCGUUUGACAAGGAUCAUUAUCUCACGGAUAUCUUAGUAACUGUGACACAAAAUUUCAUAGAUCUUGUAAUUUCCAGAUUCGAAUUAAAGUUAUAAAUCAUUAAAAUAUCAUGAACCGAAGUUAUAAAUGUAAUAUAAAGAUGAAAAUUCAGCGGAGGGAUGAAAAAUAUAAUUUCAAUUUUUCGCGAUAAUUUCAACCUUCCUUAUUGAUCUUUUCAAGGUACUUGAUUCUCGGCGCCUUCACCUUCUGUAAUUUGGUCAGUUGGGUCGUCGCUGUGUUCAACUUCACUUCAAUCGAACAUUUUGUUCUGAAUCACUUGGAAAUGUGCGAAAUCCCAUUUGACAAAACCAACCUUCGUGAGUUUUUGGGAAGAUACCGGGACUUUUAUUUCAAAACUAACAAAGAACGUAAUUUUACUCUGCAAUUGAAAUUAAGGAAGUACACUCCUUGAUGUACCAGAAAAAGAUUCUGAAAGUCUCAACCUAAAAGAUUCCUAGUUUCCGAGAAAUGAGGGCUCAAAGCCCGAAAAUAGUCUAUUUUAACGGAUUUGAGGGUUUCCUUUGACUUUGAAGUGUUCUUUCUCGAAAACUAGGAAGUUGGGCAGGUUUUGAUUUCGACGAUAAUUUUUUGAUACUUGAAGGGGAAUUUCGGCCGACUUUUAAGAAAUAAAUCAUAAUGGCCUUUCUUGUGAAAAGAAUGUCCUCCUAUGGCUUGGAAAUGAAAAAAUCCAUAGACCCAACGCUCAAUUUCAGGCAGCCAACUUGAAAAAUUCACUGACCAGGGAACGUUUUUUACCCCCCCGGUUGACAUUUUGCGGAAACUUUGCUGAAGUGUACCCUGAUUGCAGAUCAAGAAAAAAAUUUUUUCGCAAUAGAUCUUCUUUUUGAGUUAUGGAGCUUCAAAGUGUAAAAAAAACGCAAAUAAGGCCAAUAAAGCGCUAUUUCGGGUUUUUGAAGCGUCCUAAUUCGAAAACGAGAUCGUAAAAAACAUCCCCUAGUGAGAAUUUGCGUUUUUCUCAUGAUAACGAUUCUGAAGCUUUUUUUCCUCAUUCCGAUUUUUCAAUCAUAUUUCCUCAGAAAACCGAGAACACGUCACCCGUUUCAUCAAUAAGUACCUGGGGAUGGACGGCUCUUUCCUGCUUCAACUGAUUGGACAACACGCCGACGUCGUUUUCACGACCGAACUUGUCGGAUCGCUUUUUAAGAGCCAUUAUGAGAUCGAAGAAAGGAGAAGGUGAUUAGAAGUGGAGUGGAAAAAAUUAAAUAAAGAAUUUCAUUAGGAAGUUGAAAAGUGUGUAAGAGUUAAAACGUAUAAAAAGCAACGCGAAGUCGGGCCUCAAAUGCAUUUUUCAAAUUUUCAAGAGUUAAUCUGAAUAAUGUGUACAGAAGUGAGAUUAAUAUAAUACUGAAAAAUUGUAGAUGUUCUUAGUUAAUUUGAUUUUUUCAAGUUCAAAUUCAGUUGGAAGGGUUUUUUUUUUCAAUUUUUAAGGAAUGCUGGUAACUGGAAAAAAAUGACGAAUAAAUAUUGAUAACCUUUAAGUUAGAAAGAUUUUGAAUCUUCUACUGGAAAUCUUGAUUUUCCUGGUUUUUGAGUUUUGACUCGGUUUUCCUAUCUUUAUAAUUGAAAAAACCGUGAUAAUUCAAAAGAAAAAUAAUUUUUUUUUUAUCCCAGAGCCCUGAAACAAAUGAACGUGAUAAUGCCGUUGAUCCGCCCGGAGACGGAGAAAGACCACGACGUCGAGGCCUCCAUCAAAAAUACUCCUUCGGAAAUUCGGAGAAGGUCCAUCGCAGCUAACAAGGUGGUUCACAAUGAGGAGUUCAUAACCUUUGAAAUUUCGCCAAGGAAACUUUUAGGGCCAAAAUAACAAUAAUGAUGCGAAAAAGGCUUUUCGCCUCAAGACCUUCAAUAAAUAAAGGAGAAUUUCUUCAAAAGUCGCUCAUCAGAAAGCUCGAGAAAAAUAAAAUUUUUCAUGUUUGUCAAGUAGAAAAAUCACUUGGGCAUUGGAAACUUAAUGAUCUUUUAAUCGAAGCUAUAUGAUAAAAUGAAGUUUCACUAAAAAUUCCUAGGAAAAGCAUAAAUCUCAACCGUAAUAUGUUACUGCACACUGGAUCCAUCGACAAUAACUUUUCUCCCUUUCCAGGGGUCCGUGGGCCAGAACAUGAGCCGUUUCGGUAGUUUUGAAGCGCCGGAUAUUCCGAUGAAGCGACAUGACAGCGACGUCGACGACGACGAGGAAGAAGAAGACGUCAGAAAGUCGGAGAAGUCGAGCAAAAGGACCAGCCCCAGCAAGACGCCGGCCGGCUCGAAAAGACCCUCCCUGGCCCAUCUUCCCGUAACUUUUGACAUCAAUCCCAACCCUAAGCCUUCCGAUUCUCGUGGCCAGAAGAGGUCAAUGACUUGA